AUGUCAACUGUUGGAACACGUGUAAUACUAUCGUCUUCCUUUACUGGUGGUUCGCGUUACAUGUGGGAAAAUUAUUAUGAUAGGAUGGCUAUUUGUAAAUGGUUUGGAUAUCCGGAUUUUUUCAUUACAAUCACGUGUAAUCCUAAAUGGCCAGAGAUUAAAAGAUUUCUUAAGGACAAGAACAUUAAUCCAGAGGAUAGACCAGACAUUUUAUGCCGACUGUUCAAAAUUAUGUUGGACUCAAUGAUGAAAGACUUGCGAGAGAAAUCGUUAUUCGGCAAGGCUUCGGCAGUUGUUUAUACAAUAGAGUUUCAAAAAAGAGGUUUACCGCACGCUCAUAUCUAUCCAGAUCUGUAUACUCUUUUCAGUGACUAUAUGAUUCACGGACCUUGUGGUAUUGCAAAACCAAGUUGUCCGUGUAUGGUUCAAGGACCUGAUAGGGCCGAAGUUGAAGUUGUAAAGAAUGCUGAUGAAGGCCAACGAGAAAAUGGAAAAUAUGAAAUCCUAAUUCAUUAUGAUUGUAGAUAUCUCUCAUCGUGUGAAGCUUCAUGGCGCAUCUAUCCAUAUGAUGUUUAUUAUAGGUAUCCUUCUGUAAUUAGGCUUCCGUUUCAUCUACCAGAUCAACAAAAUGUUGUAUAUGGUCCUGAUGAUGAACUUGAUAACGUUCUUCAAAAACCAUCUGUUUCUUCUACUAUGUUUUUGGAGUGGAUGGAAAAAAAACUGAAAUGA